CGCAUUUUAAUUUUUUUUGUUCCUCUUCAUUAAAUUUUAUGUUUUUCUAGAAAAAAGUUCCUGGGGAAAAGCCUUAUUAACGACCAGCAGAAUUUACGGAAGAGGCUACCUAGAAGACAGUUUUUUUGCGGAAUACGGUACGGUACGAGUAUCACUGGGAUAGCUUGCACUUUAAACGCGAAACGAAGCUUGCCGCGAUUGACAAAGAACGGCGAAGAACAGACCUCGAGACCAAUUUCAUCCUUCUUAGCCAUAAGUUUCGGCCUGGGGCAGUCUAAUUCUGUCUUAGAAAGUUGGUUGGAGCUCCGGAGCUUAAUUUGCUAUCAUUUCCUUCUGAGAGAGCUUGGAAGGCGGAAGGAAAGAACCAUGGCAGAGACAGUGGUUGAAGCUCCAAAUGUCGACGAAGAAGCUGGUGGUUUGAGGGUUUUGCUCGAAGAAGAUCUUUCGGAUUCACGAAGUUUGAUGGAUAAUACACCUUCACUUAUGGCCGCCGGUUCAACUUCGCCACAGGUGGAUGUUAAUGCUAUGGUGGUCGCUCAACAGCACGCCGCCGCCCAUCAAGCUCGGGCUGCUGCCGCUCUGGAACAGGCAGAUGCUGCGGAAGAGCGGAAUCACCGUCAGAACCACCCGCAACUACAGCAUGUCAUUAAUAAUGCUCAUUCACAGGCGCCCGAGAAAGUACCAGUAUCGUCAACUCCCCCACCCCCCUCCACCGUCACACAAGAUCUACCACAACAGACUGUACCACAUGCCGCACCUAUCAAGAUCCCAUCAAGAAGCACUGUGGAGGAGGAGAAUGGAAUGCCUGGUACCCCUGGCACCUCCGAUCUAGCUCUGUUAGUUGUCUCACCGUCGAAUAUAUGCCUCUGCCAACAACCUGCAAGGAUUCCGCGACCGAGAAAUGCCUUCAUUCUUUUUCGUCAACAUAACCAGGCUGCUGUUGUUGCAAAGCAUCCUGGCAAACCUAAUCCGGAAAUAUCCAAGAUAAUUGGUGAGAUGUGGAGAGAAAGUUCGCAAGAAGCAAAGAAUCUUUGGCAAAGGCAUGCUGAUGAAGAGAAAAAGAAGCACUUCGCGAGAUAUCCAGAAUACCGAUACCAGCCUCGUAGGAAUGGCAAGAAAAAUGCUGCCGCAGCCGCAGGUGCUUCUGGGAGUGCCUCCGGGGGCGCUAUUUCACCGCCUCUCGAGACUGCCAUAUGCUCAACGUGCGGUGGUCGUACUGGGAGUCUUUCGACACCCCAAACACCUGCAACUCCAGGGUCGGCCGUGCCCAAGACACCUGGACUGUCCCAACUACCACAUAGUGCACGAACUCCAACCUCGGUCCCCCCUCCAUCGAAAAGAAGGCGAGCUGGCACAGAGGACGAUGCCCCCAGAUGUAGCACGGGAAGCCCAGCCGGUCCGGUAGGCGAACAAGCGGGCAUUGAAGCGUUGCUCCAGCUUGGGAAUCUGGGUGAUGACGAAAAUAUCGUGGCUACAGAACUCCAAGCAUCUACCAAGCGUCAGAAGAUGAAUGGAGGAUCCCCUACGACAGAUGCGCUUACGACAUCACCGCUACAGCACAGCCUAUACCCGGGCCAUUUCCCCCUGCAGUCACAUAAUCCUAACAUCGACCCCUUCCUCCAGCAAAAUAGCUUUGAGCAAAGUAUGCCUAGUCUAGAUGCUGACGGGAGCCUAACCAGCGGCCCACACCAGAUUUCCAACUUUUCCCCAGAAUUGCCAGAGCCCCACAUCCCCAAACCGAUAUCUCCGAUGCAGAAAAUAAGAGCUUUCAAUUGUAUAUGCAAACCCCUUCCGACCGGUGCGGGCUUUUCUCGACUGCCGGUUAUCGCAAUCGAAGGCGAUGACAUUGAGGCGGUAUCAGAGCUUUUCCAUGCAGUUGCGAAGCUGAUAUCCAAUUCUGACCCUAUUGAUAUCAUUGAUGAACCGGAUAUUUCCGUUUCAGAGCAGCCUCACAAGUUGGAGGAGAGUACCGAGAUAAGCGAUGGAUUGUUGAUGCCGGCAGGUGACGGUAACGAUCUCGAUUCGGCAGGUGUCCUUAAAGACGCCGAAGAUGACCUUGAGGCUGCGAAAUACCUCGAUCAUGUUGCUUCGUGGAGGAGGAGAUGUCUCCGGAUCAAGAAUGCAGUGAUGCAUAGCAACGGCGCAUCUCAACGAAUGGUUUUGGUGAAUCGGUAUAUGGUUUCCAGAAGCAAUUCUGCCUAUGCAAAGCUCUCAUCCGAUGGCCUUUCAGCGCUCCAGCAUUGGCAGUGGUGUGCGACUGUGUGGCGGGGUUGCAUUGGACCGGACAUGACUAUAUAUGUUGUGAAUGUGCCUAAUGGGAGCAUUGGUGGAGAUGCGGUUGAGGCGAAAGAGGGGGGAAAAGUGGUUUUUGUGAAGAAAGAAGUCGGGGAACUUGGGAGAAAAGCCUGGGAAGAAAAGGUUAUUAGGAGGUUGGCAUUCGAGGUUGGUGAAAUUGUCAGGAGUUUAAAGGGAUUUAUGGGUUGAUGGGUAAUGAACCGCGUAUAAUGAAUGAGUUAUGGUAAUACAAUUGGCUUGUGUUCUUUCAUCUUUGUUCUCUGUUCUACCUAUUAUUACCCCCCCCUUUUUUGGUUCACAUUUUUCUUUGCAUUCUUCAUUUUGGUUUUAUACAUUCUCAGAUCUUGACGACCCAUUUUUCCCCCCAUCCCUUCACUUUUCCCUCAACUCAAAAAAGUAUUAUGUCUCCGCUUCGCUUUUCACCCCUUUUCUGUUCUUUCCCGUAAGAUAUCUUGUGUUUUGUCAUUCCUGCUUCUGUCGCUGCAUCAGAAGACUUUCUUUCCAUAUAUUCGACAAUUUCUUUCAUUGGAUGUUCAAACUGGAGUUUUUAAAGGGGGAAAAGGAAGAAAGAAACAUGUAAAUCGCCAGUCCCUUCAACAACAAUACUACCAAGCGUUAGUUCGUUA